CAAUGAUCUAUAGAAAUUAUACCAUCUAUAACCUCUAAAAAACCUUCAUUGUUUUUAGCUUCAAAUAUUUUCAUUUUUUUUUAAUCUUGAGACAAUGGAAUCUAAUUCAUCCCCUAACAAAAAAGAUGACAUAAUAAGUUUCAGGUUAUUAGACCUGACAGAUGUUGAUGAUUUUAUGGAAUGGUUUGGUGAUGACAAGGUUAGUAAAUUUUGUUCAUGGGAUACUUUCAAAUCCAAAGAAGAUGCCAUGUCAUAUGUUGUUGAUGUUGCAAUACCACAUCCAUGGUUCAGAGCAAUUUGUUUAAAUGGCAAACCAAUUGGUUCAAUUUCAGUAUCCCCUUUUCAUGCUAAUGAAAAAUGUAGGGCUGAACUUGGUUAUGUGUUGGGAUCAAAGUAUUGGGGAAAAGGUAUUGCCACAAAAGCAGUGAAGAUGGCGGCGUCCGCCAUUUUCGUCGAGUGGCCCCACUUAGAGAGACUUGAAGCUGUGGUAGAUGUUGAUAAUCCAGGAUCACAAAGGGUAUUGGAAAAAGCUGGUUUUAAGAAAGAAGGUGUUUUGAGGAAGUAUUAUCUUCUUAAAGGGAUACCAAAAGAUAUUGUUAUGUUUAGUCUUUUAUCUACUAAUGAACAAGUUACCUAUUUUAUGUAAGUAAGUUUGUAAAAUCUUUUAAUUAAUUAUUUGGUUUCUUAUCAAUCAUAAGAAUGUUAUUGACUGUG